ACUCUCUUUACUCUUUCUCUUCACUUCUUUAUUAUCCACAACUCUUGGAGGGUGAUGUUCAAUGAUUGGCUAGUUGGGGAAUCGGAGAUUGGAGGCUUGCAUUUCUAAUCGGUGUUCAUGUUUAGCCUACACCUUGCACACCCACUGAGCCGAGAGGACGGACAGAGUGCGAGGAGCGUGAAAGGGCUGGAGCUCGGAGUUAAUAACCGUUGGCAGUAGCAGCCGACCGAGACGACCGAAACAAAGUCGAUACUUUUUUCUUUUUUUUACGGAUUUAACGGGCGAAAUUGGCUAGUGUUCAAAGCAGGGUCUAGAGGAGACGCACCCGUCAAGCAUUUUUCGUCUUCGUACUUGAUUUCUGUAUUAUUACUCCGUGUCAGAUGUUGAAAUAUUUGGAGCUCUGGCCGAUAUACGAAACUUUCUUCUUUCUUCUGACUUGUCCUGUCAGCGCUUCUUCUAUGGUUCGCCUUUUACCCGGACGCGAAGGGAGUUGGAAGCGAUAAUAUACUGUUCCAUCAAGUUGUUAAUGUUGUUAAUCCGGAGUUAUUGGUGUUUUUGGGGGUCUUCUCUGAGAUUUACUGUAUUGGAGAAACUCAUAACAAGAAAUAACAUUUUAAGUUUAUUUUAUUCCAAGGGCGAAGUAUUUUAUUUGUUUAUUCCAUGUUGGUGUAUUUAUUCCAGUAACCUAAACUACGUGUAGCCUAUAUUUUACGGGACACAUUGAAGAGAGUGGAGGGGCGACAUCCACGGCAUCGAGAGCACCUGGGACGUAUCGCCGUGGCGUAACCCGGUAAAGAUGCUCUCUGUUCGGAUGCAGCGUGACCAGGGACUCGGUCGUCUACUGGUUCUCCUUGUUCUCACCAGUGGAUAUCUCGUCUCCGAUGCUGAGAGCAUCGACUACAGUGACGUGAUUCCGGACUCGUUCUCCUUCGCCUCGGCAGAACCGCUCCCAGAGUUCCAGCUGGAACCGAAGGACGGGUUCAUCGUUAAGAACCGACCCGUGCAGCUCCGCUGUAGAGCCUCCCCCGCCACGCAGAUAUACUUCAAGUGUAACGGAGAGUGGGUCAACCAGAACGAUCAUGUGACCAGAGAGAGCCUCGAUCAGAUCACGGGCCUGGUGGUGAGGGAGGUGGAUAUCUCUGUAUCGAGGACCCAGGUGGAGGAACUGUUUGGUCUGGAGGACUACUGGUGUCAGUGUGUGGCCUGGAGCUCUGCAGGCACCACCAAGAGUAGCCGCGCUUACGUCCGCAUCGCAUAUCUGCGUAAGACCUUUGAGCAGGAGCCUCUGGGUCGAGAGGUGAGAUUGGAGCAGGAGGUCUUGCUGCAGUGUCGACCUCCCGAGGGCAUGCCCCCUGCUGAGGUGGACUGGUUGAAGAAUGAGGACACCAUAGAUCCGUCUCAGGACUCUAACUUCCUGAUGACCGUAGAAAAUGACCUCAUUAUUAAACAGGCCCGUCUCUCUGACACGGCCAACUACACCUGUGUGGCACGCAACCAGGUAGCCAAGAGACGCAGUAGUACCGCCACGCUUAUCGUCUACGUGAGUGGGGGCUGGUCCUCGUGGACUGAGUGGUCGGAGUGUAACGCCCAGUGUGGGCGGGGCUGGCAGCGACGGACACGCAGCUGCACCAAUCCUGCGCCUCUAAACGGGGGAGCCUUCUGCGAUGGCUCGGCUUUCCAGAGAGUCACAUGCACCACUCUGUGUCCAGUGGACGGAGGCUGGACAGACUGGGCCAAGUGGUCAGCGUGUGGGACAGAAUGUACCCAUUGGAGGAGCAGGGAGUGUCAGGCCCCCCCUCCCCGGAAUGGAGGACAGCACUGUAGUGGGAGUAUGAUGGAGAGCAAGAACUGCACCGAUGGACUCUGUACACGCAAUAAGAAGGCUUCUAUUGAACACACCAGUUAUCCAAGGGAACCUGGUAUGGGUGUAACGGUGUACGCUGGCCUGGUGGGGGCGCUGUUACUGUGUGUGGUGCUGGUGCUGUGUGUGGGGGUGUUGGCAUACCGACGCAACUGUCGCCAUCUCCACGGCGAUAUCACUGACUCCUCCUCCGCCCUCACCACAGCCUUCCAGCCCGGCAACUAUAAACCACCCAGACAGGACAACCCUCACCUCCUCCACCCCUCUGCGCCCCCAGACCUGACAGCCACAGCGGGUACCUUCAGGGAUCCUCUCUUCUCCCUGCAACAGGGUGCCAACGAUGGUCACCACAAGAUCCCCAUGACAACCUCUCCCCUGCUGGACCCCCUGCCCAGCCUCAAGAUCAAAAUGUACAACUCAUCUAACCUGUCAUCCCUGGAGUUACCAGCAGGGGGCCACAGCGACCCUGAGAUCCUCAGCCUGAAACAUGUUGGCAUGGGGGUCACCAUGGUACGGGACAGAGACGUGCACCAUUCACUGUCCAGAGAGCCUGGUCACAGCACCUCCGUUACCCUGGGCAACCUGGGGGGACGCCUUGCCAUCCCUAACACAGGUGUGAGUCUGUUGGUUCCACCAGGUACUAUUCCUCAGGGGAAGUUCUAUGAGAUCUACCUCACCAUCAACAAGUGGGAGAAAACCACGUUACCGUCGGAGGGCAGUCAGACAGUGCUGAGCCCGGUGGUGAGCUGUGGUCCAUCAGGCAUGCUGCUGAGUCGACCUGUGGUCCUCACUCUGCCACACUGUGCCCAGCUAGAUACCCCAACACCAGACUGGACCCUCACCCUCAAGACACAGACACACCAAGGGGCAUGGGAGGAGGUACUGACGGUGGGAGAGGAGAGUCUAUCGUCCCCCUGCUACCUCCAGCUAGAGGAGUCGAACUGCCAUGUUGUGAUGGAACAGUUGGGGACCUACAGUCUAGUGGGCCAGUCCUGCCCUCCCCAGCCCGCCUGUAAGAGGCUACAGCUGGCCCUGUUCGCCCCCAGAGCCCCCUGUCUCUCCCUGGACUACAUCCUGAGGAUUUACUGCACACAGGACACGCCACACGCCCUGAGGGAGGUGUUGGAGUUGGAGAGGAGUCUAGGGGGAGUGUUGCUGGAGAACCCUAAACCCCUGUUGUUUAAAGAUAGCUACCACAACUUGCGUCUGUCCAUCCAUGACAUCCCUCACUCACAAUGGAGAAGCAAACUACUGGCCAAGUACCAGGAGAUUCCAUUCUACCACAUCUGGAGUGGUGGUCAGAGACUCCUCCACUGUACCUUCAGCCUAGAGAGAGGCAGCCUGGCCGUGUCUCAGCUCUCCUGUAAGAUCUGUGUCAGACAGGUGGAAGGAGAGGGACAGAUCUUCCAGCUGCACACUGACAUACAGGAGACCCUCUCGCCCUGCUCCUCCCUCCCCUCGGGGGGUACAUGCCUGUCCUCCUCCCAGGUGGGGCCCUAUGCCUUCCGUCUGCCCACCUCCAUACGACAGAAGAUCUGUGCCAGUCUGGAUGCCCCCAGUGCCCGCGGCUGUGACUGGAGACUACUGGCACACAGCCUGGGCUUCGACAGGUAUCUCAACUACUUUGCAACAAAGCCCAGCCCCACAGGAAUUCUGUUGGACCUAUGGGAGGCCAGUCACCAAGGCGAUGCGGACCUGGUGUCCCUAGCGACCGCUCUCGAGGAGAUGGGCAAAAGUGAGGUCCUGGUUGUCAUGGCGACAGACGGCGAUUGCUGAUUGGUCAAAGAAAAAGGAGACGGGGGGGGGGGGGGAGUAUGGGGGGGAUCUUGUCAUCGUAAAGAAAUCAAUUCAAAUACACCAAUACUUGCCUAUGGACACGGAGACAUACCCAGUCCUUCUGCACUACAGACUCCUAUGGAAACAUGCCCAGUCCACACCUGCAUAGACUUAGCACUGCAGACUAUUAGCCUACUCUAGCCUGCAACACCUCUGUCCCAUGGCCCAUCACCUCUCAGUGCCCCCCUUCAUCAGCCUCUCUAUGCCCAGCACACCCACCACAUCCUGGGCUAGCUCUGCUACCCGCUACCCAGGCUCAUCUUGAGGCCUAAGUCCCUCUCAGCGAUGUUGGUGUGAAAUAGGUGUUAGAUCCUCGCUCUGUCACCAGUGUUGAACUGUGUUGUUUCAACAGAGCAAAAACAAAAAGCUCUUUAACUUGUACAUAAAACACCCUGCUUGAAGACCUUCAACAAUAAAAUGUCAAGCACUCAUACAAUCAUACACACACACACAAACACACACACACACACGCACAAACACACACACAAACACGCACACACUAACACACACACACACACGCAAACACACACACAAACACACACACAC